AUGGAAAGUAUUCGCCCGGUGACAGGUGGGCAAAUGGUAGCAGAGAAAUCCGCAACCCAGUGGCAAAGAGACGUAGACGUAAAAACCGAUAAUAAUUUAGACAGACCUAAAACGAGCGUAAGUCGCCCUCAGACUCGACAUGAGAGACCGAUAUCUCGCAGAGGUACACAAAAUCAGUCUACACGUAAUGGAAGCGCAUUCAGAGCGGUAACUCCAUCAAGAAGUGGAACUGCUGCUAGACCUCCUUCAGCAUCGGCUUACUCAAAUCGUGGUUCAACGGCCAAUUCUCGAGUUAAUAAUUUAACUUCUGCUAUGGGAAUGAAUAGACUGAACACUGGACUUCCACCGACAUCUCAAAUGAGUUCUGGAGUCUUUGACAGGCCGAUAACUCAGCAUGGAAUUGCUGGAAUGCGUCCGGCUACUACUAGAGGACUGCCUAUGACAAGGCAAAUUCAAGAUAAAAGAUACUUUGAAGGACUGAUACAAUUGAAACUUCGAGAGCUUAAUCAAGAAAUAGGAGUUAUUUAUAGUGAAAUAGAAGCUCAGAAAAAAGAACGUGUUACUUUCGCGCAUUAUGAUAAUAGAGCUAAAGAACUUGCGGCUGAAUUAACUGAAUUACAGGGACAAUUAGCGGAUUACAAUAUUGUUAUGGAUAAAGUUGCGUCGAAUGUCAAUAAAGACGAUAUGGAGGAAGAUGUUAGAGAAAUAAAAGCUUCGAAUGAACGACUAGCCUUGGAAAUAGAAAGCUUGUUUGAACAGCGAAGAUUUAAGGAGCAAAAACUGCGUGAUAUGGAAGAAAGGAUAGAGAUUGAAGAAAAAAAAGCUGACAGAAUGAUAGAAGCUAUGGAUUCAAAUUUACGGGAAGCAUAUGAUAAUUUGGUUGAAGAAAGAAAUAAAUUGCAGAGUGAUAUAGGAAACUUGCAAAAGGAAAUGGAUUUAUUGAUGUCAGAAAAGUAUAAUUUAGAAGAACAAAUAGCUUUGUCGUCGAUUAAACAAGAGGCUGUCAAGCUUGGGAUUAACAUAGCUGAGGCUGAAGAAAAGAGGGCUAAAUUGUUGGAUGAACAGAAAAAUAAAAUGUCGCCUGAUGAAGAACGCGAGCAUCUUUUGAAUCGCGUUAAGCAGGAUAAUAUGGAUAUUGUGGCGGCUGAAAGGAAAAUAGCUGAAACAGAAAGUAAAAUUCGUCAGGUUGAACAGGAGUUAGAGCAGUUAGAAACAGAUUUAGAAGACAAUCAGUCGGAAAAACAGAUAAAAUAUAAUGAAUUGAGAAAACGAGAAGAAGCUAUAGAACAAUUUAUGCCGAAUUUUGAGCAAAGUAAAGAAGAAGAAUUGAAAAAAUUAUCUGGCUUAGAAGAUAAAAUUGUUGAGUCUUUGAGAAAAUUAGCUUACGCUACAGAUCAUGAUAUUAAUCAACUUUCGCUUAAUGAUGAAAUGGCGAUUUUUAAUAUUCCAUCGUCUGAAAAUGCCAACAAGCAGGAUAAAAGUUUUGAGGAACUUAGUAAAGAGCACAUUAAAUUAAAGCAGUCGCUUAUUAAAAUGGAGAGCUUUGAAAAAAAAUUAAAUACCGAACAAAUUGAAUUGACGGAAAAAAUAAAACAAAAAGAAAGCGAAUUAAUUGUUCUAGAGGAUUUGGAAGGAUUAAAAGCACGUUCGGAAUCAGAUCACGAGGAGCUGAUAGCACAAAGACAGCAGUUAAAGAUUCAACAGCCGGAACGUGAAAAAGAAUUAUCUGCUGUAAGAAGAGAAUACGAAGAAUUGAAAAGUAAACUCGAAAAAAAUGAUUUGUACUUGCAAAUAAGUGCUUUGGACGAUAAAUUGGAAAAAUUAAUCCAAGAUAAUGAACAAACUAUUCGUUCUAUCAAUGAAAGUGAAAGUCAAAUGAAUUAUCAAUCCUUGAAAGAAGAAGCUUUUGUUUUAUUAGAAAGAUACAAUUCAAUACUCAAAGACAAUAUUAAAUCAAUUUAA